AAUAUUUGUUACAAAAUACGCACGGUGUUGAUAUAAUUUUCUCCAUUUCAAAUAUUACGUAACAAAGAUGACUCUAUUCUCGCCAUUACCAUGGGAACUGUAUGAGAAAGGAAGUACACGGUUCUGGGUACAUUAUGGGCUGGUUAUCUUGGGGUUUGUUCUAGCUGUUAUAACAUUAUUUGCACAGUGGGCAAAACCUGCACCAUACGGCAAGCAUGAAACAAAUGAUGCCAACUGGGGACCAAUGAUACCACAAAGACUUGGUCAUAUUUUUUCUGAUGCCUUGCCUGGAGUACUCAUGUUUUUAUUGGUAUUUUUCUUUUAUGGUAAUAUGAGAGAACGAACAAACUAUAUUUUCCUGGCAUUAUGGCAGGCCCAUUAUAUACAUAGAGGAGUUAUACAUCCAAUGUUAAUGAGGUACAGAAGUAAAAAAGUGGCACUGGGAAUUACACUUGGAGGGUUUUUCCCAAAUUGUUUGUUUCAUUUUAUAAAUGCAGACUUUGUGGGCAAUGUCAAUUUUGCAGACCAUUAUUAUUAUGACCCUAGAUUUAUUAUUGGAAUAUUGCUGUACAUUAUGGGCUAUUUUAUCAAUAGAUGGGCUGACCACAAAUUGAGGUCACUGAGGGAGACAAAAGGUGAAGAUGGAAGAUUUUCUCAGAGACUGAGAACACUGCGUCACUGCCCAAAAGUGUUGACCAAGGGUGAUAGUAAAACAGUGACUGCUACAGCCUCUGGAACAUCUAAUAAACCAGCUACUGUAGGUUCAAGCAAUAUUGAGCAGAGAUCAUGUGAUGGCCUUGACAAAGUGUUUCAGAAGAUGUUCAAGUGUGAUAUUGCUGAUCGGUUUUCUUUGUCAAGGACAAAAGCAUCAUACAUAGUUUCAGAAGCCAUAAGGCCAUUUUUGACAGAAGCAAUUGUGAAGGAAGUUAAAGAUGGAAAUUUAGGAAAAGGUCUCAACUGUUUUGGAAGUGAUGCAGAAGAGUUAACUUUUGACAUGUACAUGUAUCAGUUCUUCAAGCAGCAGCCAGUCAGAAGAGAAGAUUUUAAAGACCUUCAACUGGAGUAUGACAUAGAUGAGAGCCUCUUCCUAAGACAUGUACCAAGCAGAUGGUUGACAUUGUUGCCAGCCAUGACCAGAGAUCUACAACAUGAUCAGUGA